AUGUACAGCUUCAUGGGUGGCGGCCUCUUCUGUGCCUGGGUGGGGACCAUCCUGUUGGUGGUAGCCACAGCAACGGACCACUGGAUGCAGUACCGGCUGUCGGGGUCUUUCGCACACCAGGGCCUGUGGCGUUACUGCCUGGGCAGCAAGUGCUUCCUGCAGACGGAGAGCAUCGCAUAUUGGAAUGCCACCCGGGCUUUCAUGAUCCUGUCUGCCCUGUGUGCCACCUCGGGCAUCAUCAUGGGUGUCCUAGCCUUUGCACAGCAGUCCACCUUCACCCGCCUCUCCAGGCCCUUCUCUGCCGGCAUCAUGUUUUUUGCCUCCACUCUUUUUGUCCUGUUGGCCUUGGCCAUCUACACCGGAGUCACCGUCAGUUUCCUCGGCCGCCGCUUUGGGGACUGGCGCUUUUCAUGGUCUUACAUCCUGGGCUGGGUGGCCCUGCUCAUGACCUUCUUUGCAGGAAUUUUCUACAUGUGUGCCUACCGGAUGCAUGAGUGUCGGCGCCUAUCCACACCACGCUGA